CUGCCAGCCGAGCCCGACGUCAGGGGCCGCUGUGUGCUGCGCGGGGGCUCCCCACGCGGCCGCCACACAAAGGCAGCAGCACCGCACCGCUCCGUGCCGCACCCCGCAGGCAGGAUGCAGGUCCGCGGCCUCCUCCUCCUCCUGGCGCUGAUCCUGCUGGCCGCCACCGCUGAGGCUGGCAAGAACAAGAAAGAGAAGGCAAAGAAGGAUGGCUCUGAGUGCGAGGACUGGCGCUGGGGACCCUGCGUUCCCAACAGCAAGGACUGUGGCCUGGGCUACCGUGAGGGGACUUGCAAAGACGAGAGUAAGAAGCUCAAGUGCAAGAUCCCCUGCAACUGGAAGAAGAAGUUUGGCGCCGACUGCAAGUACAAAUUUGAGAGCUGGGGUGGGUGUAGCGCUCAGACGGGUGUGAAGACUCGCUCCGGCAUCCUGAAGAAAGCCUUGUACAAUGCCCAGUGUGAGGAGAUUGUCUAUGUGACCAAGCCCUGCUCUUCCAAGAUCAAGUCGAAGUCCAAAGCAAAGAAGGGCAAGGGGAAGGACUAGAGCAGGAAGCCAGCAUCCUCAUCGGCCCCCUCGACAUGGUGCCCACAGGGCUGGAUGCCCAGCUGCAGCCAGCCCAUGCUCCAGUCAUCCUCCUCCUCCUCUCCUUCCUCUUUUCCAUGACCUCCUCUUUCACUGAGAUGCCUUGUUUUAAUUGCUAGUAUUGUAGAGAGCAAACCCACCCACCCUGCAGGAGUGGCUGCCCCCCUGCCUGCUGCCCCGCCACCGCUGCUGGUGCAGCUCGCUUGCCUCCUCUCGGCUGGUGUUGGGGUUCGCUGGGAUGUGCCUGGAGAGCUGGGAUGGGAACACAUAUUUUUCCACCCCCUGACACACGAGUUACCUUUAGUGCAUCCUUUGGCAAGCCCAGGAGCCUUGUCGUUCCUCUGCCAGGUACUGAUGCCAGAGGGAAGGGCUGGGUGUUGGAUGCCUGAGUAACCCCACCAUUCACGGCCCUUACUCACAUGAGGACUGCCCUCAGCUCGAGGGGCUUCCUCCAGCAUCCAUUUGACCAGGGCACAACUUCCCUGCAGCAGCCAGAGAAAACAAAGCCACUGCCCCCAGGAACCACUGCAUCCCCUUUCCUCCAUCACUUCCAACCGUGUGUGUCCAUGCCAGGGCUGCAGCACUUCUGCCUUCGAUGUGCCAACACAGUGCUGGGUGGGAGCUCUCACUUCUUUUGGAAAAUGGGGUUUGGUUUCUUUUCCAAUAAAAAUCUUUUUAAAAAAAUAUCAGACCCCACCUGUCAUCUC